GAUCUUCCAUUGAUGUAACUGGUUACUUUUGAAGGGCCUUGAUGAUAUGGAGGAAUUCGGGUUGGUUCGGCUCGUGAAAAUGGCUGCGGAUUUGUUGAAUGACAAGUUACCGGAGGCAAGGGAAGCAGCGAGAAGUAUCGUGAACUCAGUCUACCAGAAGAUCACAGCGAAAGAAGAAAACAAACAAGAAGAAUGGCAGAAGUUUUGCGAGACCAAUCUGACGCAGCUUAACGCACAAGCCAUGAUGAAGAUCGUCUCUUCCUGAUAAAUCUCUCAUGUAAAACCAGAGUUUUACAUGAUAUGCUUAUGAUAAAUCAUGGUGAUGAAAAACAGGGCGAUGCCCAGUUUUUUUUUUUUUUUUUUUAAAUGAAUGCGGCAUAUAACGUAGGAGUGUAUGCAAGUUGAAUUCUCUCCCCCAACCAAGUUUCUGAACAGGAGGAGAUGCUGAGCUGUCAAAGAUUGCUGACACGACUUUCUGGUUUAACCAACCUGAUCAAGAAACAAGAUUGCCUGCUGACUUUAUGAAGUCACCAUCUCUGAGAAAUCUGAAAAGUUGACAUAACGGCUGAAAACACAGAAUUCCAAGAAGACGGGGGCUGCUUCUCCAAGAAGAAGAAGAAGAGGAGGAGGAGGAGGGGGGGAGCUAGGGCUUUGAGUUAGGUCGUGUUUCUUGUUGUCUGGGCCAAGAUUCACAACAAGGAGCAAUGUCUUUGAAGAUUCCAAGUGAUUUGGAAGAGGAAAUACUCUCGAGGGUUCCCACCAAAUUUCUGUCACGACUCAGAUUCGUUUGCAAACAAUGGAACUCUCUGUUCCACGACCUGAUAUUCAUCGAGAAGCACUUGUCCAAUCAUGCCUCCCCCCAAGAGUUCAUGUUAUGGCAUCCCCGUUCGUUUUAUUCCAAGUUGAUCAAUGUUGAGAUACACCUUAACAGCGACAACAUUGCUCUUUCAUCUCUCAAGUACCAUGAUCUUACCUCAAGAAUUCCUCCUUCAAAUGGUCGGAAAAUAUGUCGGAUAAUUCACUCUGAUGGGUUGCUGCUAUAUGUCACGAACCAUGGCCUCGAAGUUUCAAACCCAUUUCUGAAGCAGGAGAGAUCUAUCCAGACGGUAAAUCAUUAUGCUUUUAAGGGAAAAGAAUCCGCUCUAGUUCACUGCAGUUCUACAUACAGUCUUGGAUACUGCAACAAACUCAGCAAUGGUUACAAAAUCUUAAGGUUGCAUCCUCGAUGUCUAUUUUCAGGUCCAAGAGCUGAAAUCUUCGAGUUUACAUUGGGUAAAUGGAGGGUUCUUGAUGUUUCUUUCUUCGACUGGUUUCCUGCAUGUCUGGGACUCGCUGUAUCAUUCAAGGGAAAUUCCUAUGUGAUUGCCGUGAGGAAAGAUACACUACAAGGAUUCAUCCAAAGUUUCAACUUCGCAACAGAGAGAUUCAAGCCCUUCUCUAACCUACCCUUUAACUAUGUUUAUCCAGAUUACUUGUGCAUGUCGGUUUUAGGAGGAGACCGGCUCUCGGUGUUAGAGCAGUGCAUUGCAAAGAAAAUCAGGAUUUGGGUAACGAAUAAGAUUGGAAAUGGGAUCGAGAUAUCGUGGAGCAAGUUCAUGACUGUUAACUUAGAUUUGUAUUUCAUGGACCUGAAUUUCUUCGUUGAAGAGAACAAGAGGAAGACGCUAGUUCUAUACACUGAAGACAUAAUGGCACAGUCCAUUUACAUUUUCGAAGAGGGUGGCAGGUUCAUAAGGUUGGAUGGACGUCAUAAUUGGCAUCAUUCAAGCAAUUAUGUUCCGAGUUUGGUUCCAAUUCCCUGAAGCAACAAAAGCAAACGUCGGUUUCCAUUGAUGAAGAAUACAGAGCUAUACAUCAGUUGUUUUGUUCCUUUUUUCAUGUCCUAAUAACAAUGUUCUGUCAUGACAUCAAAUCUCUGGAAGAUAUUUUCCAAUGUUCUGUUUC